AUGGGCUCUUUACAUCCGGAUUCGUCCUCAGCUUACCCCGUUGCCAUCAUUGGAGGCGGUCCGACUGGGUUAUCCGCCUCAAUCCUGCUCUCGCUGAGCAACAUCCCCCAUGUCUUGUUUGAACGAUAUCCUUCAACAUCCAUCCACCCGAAAGCAUGCGGGUAUAAUCACCGUACCGUGGAGAUUUGGCGCCGCAUGGGCAUCGAAGAGGAGCUGAUCAAGCAACGCGCUCCGGCGGACAAUUGCAGCAGGACAGCCUGGUAUACCAGCUUCGGGCCUAAUGGACGAGAAAUCAUCAGCCGCGACUCCUGGGGUGGAGGAGCUUACAGGGAAGAAUAUGCCUCUGUCUCGCCCUGCCAGUAUUCCAUAUUGCCGCAACUCAGACUCGAACCGAUAUUGCACAAGAGGGCGUUGGAAUUGAACCCAAAGGGAAUCUUUUACGGGACAGAAGUCACAAAAGUUGAGGAAGCUGAUGGUUAUGUCGUCGUCACUUAUGUUCAGAGAGGUGAGGAGACUGCGACCGUCAAAGCACAAUACUGCAUUGGUGCCGACGGUGGUCGCAUGCUGACAGACCACCUGGGCGUUGGCUGGGAAGGCGAACGGGAUAUUGUCGAUAUGGUAUCGGCUCACAUUCGGGCUCCCAUAUCCCUUGCACACCCUGACAUUCGCAACUUCAUUACCUGGUUCGUCAAUCCCAAACUCGGUGGCACGAUAGGGUCAGGCUACCUCUACCACCUGGGUCCUUAUCCUAUGACACACGAUACGGAAGAGUGGAUUUUUGCAUGCGGUCUCAACCCGGCAGAUCCAAAACGGUUCGAUGAGUCGACAAUGUUACAGCGGUUGCACAACACGUUGCAGAUUCCUGACCUGAAAGUUGAACUAUUAUCGAUCAGCAAGUGGUACGUCAACGCUCUGUGCGCAACACGGUAUCGCAGCAAGAAGUCCACGGGGCGCGUGUUUCUGGUUGGGGAUGCGGCGCACCGGAUCCCCCCUUGGGGAGCUUUAGGGCUUAACACGGGCAUCCAAGACGUGGACAAUCUAGUAUGGAAGCUGAAUCUCUCUAUCAACGGGAUCCCGUCAUCCCUGGGUGGAGACAAAGAUUGGAAUGCACUUCUCGAUACAUACGACACCGAGCGUCGCCCGGUUGGUCAACGUGUGCGAGACUGUGCGUUGCAUAACCUACGUGCUUUCGGGCUAGUUAUGGACAAAGCGAUCGGUGUCUCUGCUGAGAACAGCCAGGCUGAAAAUAUUGCAAACAUGGAUUCAUUCUUUGAUAUGUCGUCCGCGAACACCGAUGGUGCCGCACGCCGAGAAGCUGUUCACCGCGCACAAAAGAUUCUUGACGACGAGUUCCAUGCUCUUGGGGCGGAGGUGGGCUGGUUCUACCCAGACCUCGAUGUCAACAGCGAAGGCAGGCCGACUAGUCACGAUGGACAGCUCAAGGGCAAUGGCGAGCUGGAUUUGUUGUAUUAUCAUCCGUCAACGAUUCCGGGACAUCAUUUACCGCACGCCUGGCUGGAGCAGGGAGACAAGAGGCUGUCCACCAGAGAUUUGGUCAGGUAUGAUGGAUUUGUCCUGAUCACCUCACGGCCGGGACUGUGGAGAAAUACCGUGGCCGAAGAAGGCAGUGGAUUGGUGACCUUGAUCGGGAUUUCAGAUACGGGCAAAGCGGCAGCCGAUGAAUCUUGCUGGAAGGAUGUAGAUGGAAACUGGGCUGCUCAGCGUGGUGUUGGUAGUUCCGGCGCAGUCCUGGUUCGUCCUGAUGGGAUAGUCGUCUGGCGGGCGCGAGAAUUCGAUGAAGGCAGAAACAGCCAGAUCGGAUGGCUGAGGGAUGUACUUCGGAGGGCUUUGGCGCUUGGAUAG